AUGAAAGCGUUGUGUGCGCUGAUUUUGUUGUUUUGUAUUGAUGUUAAACAUGCCUUCAAGUAUCUGAUCUACAAUCCGAGGAUCGGCAGGAGUCAUGUCAUGCAAAUGGGAAAGCUGGGGGAUUAUUUGGCAGCAGCUGGUCAUGAAGUGGUAAGGAAUGCUUGUUUUUACUUACAAUGUUAGGUAACCUUACAGUGUUAAAUAAAUUUUUUACUUAAAUAACCAUAUUUAUUAUUGUAAUAUUAUGACAGUAAUAAAAUAUAUUGCCGUACUAUGGAUAAGCUAAAUUUAAGAAAAAAUGCAAUUUAGUUAAGCUAGUUAUGUAAACAAUAUUACUGUUUUUGUAGUCUAAUGUUUACUUGACCUCUUAUGUCCUUUAAAAUAAAAAAAGUUUCUUUCAGGUUAACUUUCAACCAAUCAUGUACCAGGCAAAGAUCACCGGAGUAACCAACAAGACCAUUCGUACUGUAGAGUACAGCGAUGGGAUUCCUCCAGCUGCAAACUCACCAAUUGAUAAGAAAGCCUGGACUGAAGACAUGUUCACUUUUUCAUCAAUGUCAGAGGUAAGAGUUAAGAAAGUAUAUCGCAGAAGGGCAGAGGGGACCGUUCUACCCUCCCCUAGAAAAAAAAAGUUUUUGAAAAAUUCUUUUUAGGGUAUUCAACACCUUGGCAAAGCAUACUACAAAAGAUGCCGAAACCUAUUAGCAGACAAAGAAGUUAUUGCCGAUAUGAAAAAGGAAAACUUUGACUUGGCCAUAGUCGAAAGCUUCUCUUCUUGUGGUUUCAACUUUGUUGAAGCCAUCGGAAUCAAAAAACGUAUUUUAGUAUCUGGCAUGGCUCUACAACAUGAAAUUUUAGGGCUUUAUGGCGUUCCACCUGCUUUUACUUUUGUGCCAGGUAAAAUUUUGACUAUAGUCGUGUAGGUAAUUGAAUUUUAAAAGAGAAAAAUAGAGUAAACAGCCCAAAAAGUUGUCAAAAAGUGACAUUACUACAUAAAACAAUUGUAAUUCCAGAUUCAAUAUCAUACCCAUCUGAAAAAGGCAUUAUGGGACGAUUGCAAAACAUUUUCGAUUACCUCAAGACUAUCAAGUUCAAUCAACACUUAGUUUACAUCCAACAAGGAGCACUUGACCUUAUUGACACAAAGAAAAGCUUCACGGUACGUUAAACUUCACAACAUGGAUAAUGUUACUAAUUGCUUGUUGUAUAAUAAAAAACAUGUUUUGUAAAAAAUCAAAGAGAAACCUUAUUGUUACGCCUAAAAUUUACAUUUUUACAUUGAAAAAAUUAUAAUAGAUAUUACUCUACUUUAUAACACAAGAUAUACCUUUUCAUUCAGGACCUUCUCUCAACAGCCUCAUACCUAUGGAUCAACACAGACGAGUUCGUCGAUUUCCCACGCCCAAUCUCUCACAAGUAUAUUAACAUUGGUGGACUUGGAAUGAAAGAACAACUAUCAAAAGCAGGAGAGUUGCCAGACGAUAUCCAAAAGAUAUACAAGAAAGCGAAAGACGGUGUUAUUUACAUGUCAUUUGGAUCUGUAGCUCAAAGCAAGUUUAUGCCUGACAGCUACAAAGUCGCUAUCAUAAAAGCUUUUGCCAAAUUCCAAAAUGUUGAAUUCAUUUGGAAGUAUGAGGACGAUGUAAAGACUAUUCCAACUGUAAGUUAAGGUUUAUGUAGAGAUAAAAAUGUUAAUUUUUUUAAAAAUAGCAAAAGAUACUUUUUUACAAAAAAAAAAUUAAAAAAACAAAGUUUGGGCUCAGCCGGUGAUCGAAACCGGGGCCUCUCGCACCCAAAGCGAGAAUCAUACCACUAGACCACUGAGCCGCGUCAUCUACCCUACUAUCCGCUGAUAUCUCGCGAAAAAUAGAUCCCUAAUAGCUUAAACGCUACAGGGUUUUUUAAAACAAAAAAUAAAAACGACGAAAAAUUUUGAAUUUGUCACGUAUCUCGAGAAACAUCCAAUUGUUUCAUCAUUUUUAAUUAGCGCAAAGACGACGCGGCUCAGUGGUCUAGUGGUAUGAUUCUUGCUUUGGGUGCGAGAGGCCCCGGUUUCGAUCACCGGCUGAGCCCAAACAUUUUUGGGCUUGUUUCGGUAAAAUUUUGAAUAAAUAAGUUUUUAAAACUUCAAUAUAUUAAUUUAAAAGUAUCUAGAAAAUUACUUUUAAAGUUUUUUAUCAUUUUUUGUUACCUAAAAUGCUGUUUCUAUUUAAUUUUUAACCGACCAAUGAAUAAAAACAAUGUUUUAUAAUGAAAUACUCUAGGAAAUACCACCUAAUGUCCACAUUUUCUCCUGGCUGCCACAACGUGACAUUCUUCUUCACCCUAAAACCUUAAUUUUCAUUACUCAUGGUGGUAUGAACAGUAUUACUGAAGCUACCUAUAGUGGAAUUCCCAUGAUUUGUAUCCCAUUGUUUGGAGAUCAAGCUAGAAACGGGUACAUGGUCAACCGGAAAGGAGUUGCUAAAGUUUUGAGCAAGUUCGAUUUGGAUAAAAGUGAUGUUAUUUCUGGCUUGAUUGAAGAAAUGGUGAAAGAUCAUGAGUAAGUUAAUAUAGGUACCAGAAAAACAUUUCAAAAAUAAUAACUGCACUAUAUGUACUCAUCUUUCUUACCUAAUAUGUUACCUAACAGCUAUAAACUCUAUAUUUAUAGUUACAAACGUCGCGCAGUCGAAUUAGCCGAUAUUAUUCGAAAUAAGCCAGUAACCCCAGAAGAACGAUUAGUAAAGACGGCAGAAUACGCUGUAAAGUACGAUAUUGCCGGACAUCUGGACAUGGAUGGUCGUUCAUUAUCUCUUAUUGAAUUUUACAAUAUUGAUAUUGUACUAAUUAGUCUGGUUCUCGUUGCUUCUGUAAUAUACACCAUCUGCAAAGUAACCAAAACAACUUACAACGCCAUAUUUGUCAAAACCAAAAAAGUAAAAGGAAAACGAGAAUAAAUAUAAAAACAGUAUUACUUUGCCACAACAUUUUUAAGUUUUGUCAUUUUGACGAAAUUUUGUCCGCGCAAAUAAAAAAUUCGAUAAUAAUUUGCACAUUUCGUUAAUUUUCCGAUAAACGCGGUAACGAAGUGUCACAAAUUAAAUAAAAAUUAUUUGUUUUACUUCUUUUGGGUAGAUUAUUAUAAACUGUUUUAAGUAAGGUAAGAAAACGCUAUUAUGAAUAUAAAUAAUAAAAUUCUGACGUUUAGUUAUACUUAUGGCACAAAGAAUUGUAAAUUUUGGCAAAGGAAUAUGGAAUCACAAGAAGAAAGUUAUAUUCUUCAGUGGAUUGGCAGCUUGGGGUGGUUCGUAUGCUAAUGGAUUGUUAAAGUGAGUUGACUUAAAUUUUUUGGAUGGUUUUGCUUUUUGAUAUAAAGACUUUGUUUUAUUACAAUAGAGUUAAAACGGUAAUUCGAACUUAAUUUUGUAAAAUUUAGAGAGCAAGAAGUUCGAACAAAGUUCGCAAAACUGGCAGCAGAGAUUGGGGAAGCGAAGGCUCCCAUUGACUAUCAGCCUUUGAAGUUGUUUGUUUUUGUUGAUAGAUCAGAUCCAAAUUUCUUCAAGAAUCUUGCUGCUUUCAACAAAAACGUUCUUCCUUUGUUAACAUUGGCUGGCCUUGAUAUUUACAUGGAAAAUGCGUCAGAUCGGAAGGAGUUGGAAGAUCUAAGUAGAUCUGCUGAUGUCAGAAAUUGCUCCGGAAUCUUGGUUAUUGGUUCUACUAAGUAUUCAGCACCAGCCGUACUAAACGGCCUAAUUGUUGACGGAUUCUUUGAACGCGGACGAACAGCGCUAGGUGUUUUUGAUCCAUGUAAGGAGUUUUUUUAAACUUUUUCUUGUGUUUAGUGGGAACUUGACGAAAGUUUUAUGAUAAACGUGUUAGAAUUGGUGGUAUUUUAUGGGAAAGUUACUGUUCAUUAAUUUUUGAACAUUUAUUUAUUUUAGCUGAAAAAGAUGAUGUUCCUGCUCUAUGUGAGAAAGCCAUGAAUAUAAUUAAAGGAGUGAAGAAGGACCACAGAGUUUAUAGGACAAAAAUAUAUGUAAGUAUCAUUUUAUAAGUUGUUUAAUCGUUUCUUUGCUUUGUUUAUAAGUAUAACAUUGUCGUAAAAUAUUGUGUUAUAUUCUCUUAAACUUAAGUUUUAUGUAAAAGUUUGGGUGUCGAAAAUUUAAUGAAAAUAUUCUUCAGGGAGAAGAUCCAAAGGACGUAAAAGUGAGUUAUCGACUUGGAGACAUUACUUUUGGUUGGUUUGAUUACAUAGCUGAGCGGCAAUCCAAGUUUUGGAUUUUUGGUGGCUUAGCCGAUCGUAUGGCUGCUACUUGGUACUUCUUAAAGGUAAGAUGUGUUUUUUUAUUAUUAAAUUUACAACUUAAAAAUUAAGCUUUGACUUUUUUAACCAUUAAAGAGUAUAAAAUUAGGUUUUAUCUUUAAUGUUACCUAAAAAUAUCAUAUAUGGUGUAAAGUAUAACAAAAGCUACUAUAAUGUUAACCUAUAGUGUAAUUUCAGAAGUACCCUGAGUCUUUGCAAUGCCACGUAAAACAAGUAGCUUACUGUGCUGGAUGUCGUAAAUGUAUAUCAGAAGCCAAGGUAAAGAAGCCGGCGGCAGAGAAGAAGCAAAAGAACUUUUGGUCGAAAUGGAUUGGCAGGAGAGAGCAGCCAGGAGAUGCGUUGAGAAGACAAUAUGUUAAUGUUAUCAACGCCAAUUGUGGUCAGGUUACCGAAGCUGAUGUGAAUGUGCUUGACAUAAGUAUUGGAUGUGUUGAGAACGGGGUGGGUUUAAUAUUCUUUUAAGAUUUAAAUAUAUUUAAGGGGAUUUUUAAGACUAUUGUAAACGUAGUUUGUGAAUUUAUGGACACAGCUUAUUCCAAAGUCGAAUUCAGCACUUGGAGCGAGGCGAUUGACUUUUACAGUAAUAUUUUUUUUAUUUUUAAAGAUUUUCGAAAAUUUUUGUAUUGUUAUGAUAUAAGUCAGUUUAAUUAAGACUCAGGAGCUUUCUUAAAAAAUUACAAAAGUUUUGGGCUCAGUCGGUGAUCGAAACCGGGGCCUCUCGCACCCAAAGCGAGAAUCAUACCACUAGACCACUGAGCCGCGACGUCUUCUUUAAGCGGCGUCGGAUAUACCCUAAAGGGAUUUGUUAAGAAUUACUUUUUAUUUGCGCAGAUGUUUUUUAUGUUUCACGCUGAAUCUUUUUGGAUUUUAAAUGUAGCUUCAGAAGAUCUCAGCGACGAAAACAAAGGAUUUCGCGGCUCAGUGGUCUAGUGGUAUGAUUCUCGCUUUGGGUGCGAGAGGCCCCGGUUUCGAUCACCGGCUGAGCCCAAACAUUUUCUUUUUCAAAGUAAAAUAAGCAGUAAAAAAGUCCCUUGGAGUAGGUACUGGUCGAAUAGCUUUAUCAAGCAAAAAUACUAUUUUAAAGCUUUUUUGUCAAAUUUUAGAAUUACAUACUUAAAGCUAAUUUAAUAACAUUAUUAUUUAAAAUUUUUUAGGUCAGGGGCCAGCUAGAACUAAAAACAGUGGAUCCACCGACCGGUCGAUUCAAUGCUAUCAAACAGGCAUGGACAGAACUCGCUGACAAGGCUUCCGAAUCUCCUUUCAAAACAGCUUCAACAGCUAACAGACUUGAGAUCGAAUUGAAAGAAGUCUUUGAUACAGAUGAAGAGGACGCUAAGUCACCGUUCCCAUCGUACCUGUUGAGUUCACAGUCUGUGAAUCUACUUAAACCAACAGAAUCAUCAAAGACAAUCAAGAAGAUAGUCGCUGAGAAUGUGUCCAACAUUGUUCAAGUGUUCUAG